UAUCUACAAAAUUGGGUAGGAUAUUUAAAUUUUAGUCUCCAGAAAAAUUUUCAGGUCUGCUUCUUCCCUAAAAGCCAUGCUUCAGUUAUUAAGCCUUGUAAAAUGGUCGCGAAUGAGAUUCCAACGGAUUCCAUCAGUAACCAAUGCACAUUUUCGUUACAUGUCUAAAGACACAAAAGGAGCUAAGGAAGGCGGGUGCAAGGAAGGAGGCAGCAAGAAGGAAACGGAUCACACUAAAAUUAGUGGCGGAGGCAAGUGCAAAAAAAAAAAGCAGGCCGGUUCAGAAGAAGAACAAAAAAAUGCCGAUCAGAAACAUUGCGAAAAAUUAAUCGAAAAACGUGAGAAGGCAACCAAAAAGUCAAACGAGAAGGGUAAAGGUGAGGGAAAAGGCAAAGCGCCGUGUGCACAUGCUAAGGCAGCUUCAGCUCCAAAAUGUCCAUGCAAACCGUGCCCCACUCCACCACCGUGCGAGGGCCAUGCGAAGAUGUGGCAGAGGAUCACCUUGAUGUGUGCCCUACCCAUGAUAGCAAUACUGUCACUCCUUGUCCUAACCGGACAUCAUGACCAUGAACGGCCCGAGUUUAAAAAGUGGGGACACAUGUAUGUGCGCACAAAGCCAUUCUACUUUGGCGACGGGCUUAGAAGUCGCUUUCAUAAUCCUGACGUGAAUCCUUUGCCUCCGGAUGGCUAUGAGGAUGAGAUUGAUGUAGAGGCCAUUGGCAAGACGCCCGAGACGGACAAGGAGAGGGAGGAACGCCUUAAAGAAUUCGGAAAACUGAAUAAGACGUGGAAAAAGCACAAUAAGAAUCGGGAGGCCGAAGCUAAGAAGCGACAGGCAGCAGCCGACAAAGAAGCCAAAAAACAGCUGCAGCAAGCCUUAAAAGAAGAGAAAAAACAACAAGCAGAAGAGGCCAAGGAGCUCAAGCGACUAGAGGCCGAAGCUGCCAAGGAGCGCAAGCGACUAGAGGCCGAGGCUGAGAAGGACCGCAAGCAACAGUUGGCCUUUAGUGAAAAGGAGCGUAAACGACAAGAGGCCGAAGAAAAAGCUGCUGCCAAAGAAGCCAAGGAGAUGAACUACGAGUUCGCCAAGGAUGAGCGUGAGGAAUCUGAUAUCCAAGAGGACUUUAAUUCGACGAGUUCCAUCUAGAUAGUACUGAAGCAGCUGGCGUCGAAGCAGAAUAAAAUUUUGGUGUGAUAAAAUA